UGAAAUUCGAACUUCAAGGCUGAGAAAGGAAGAUGCCUGUCCGUAUGGAUAUGGCGCUCUAGGGUUUGAAGUUGACUCAUCAAAAUUAAGAGUGUUCGACGGUUAAAAGCUCUGAAGAUUCGAUAUACUUAUUGAAAGGGAGGUUUGGGGAUCUUUCAUUGCUCAAAUGCGAGAGUAGUAGGGUUUUAUUCCUCAUUGAUAUAGGGUUUCACAUGUUUCUUAAUCACUGAAUCGAGUCGCAGGAGUGAAAUGAGCAGGCCUUCAUCAUCAAGAAUGAUAUUCCAGGGUUCGAUUGAUCUUCAUGAAUGCAUGGAUUUUGGGGUGUGAAGACUCAGAAGGAAAAUCGAAUGGGGAUUCUCUAGUUUCUGGAAACUCUCAGAAAUGCGUGGGUUUUAGAGUUUAAAGCAUCUAAGUGUACGGUUAGAUGAUGUGGGUUUUAAUUCUCUGUUAUUAAGAUUUUUAUCUCCUUGUUUAAGCUGUACGAGAAGAAUCUGGAAGCGUAGAUAAUGCAGUCUUUUGAACUGAAUUCAUCAUUCAAAGCUUAAAAAUACACAACAUAAAGAUACAGAGCAGAGUGAUAUAUUUGUAUAUUUAGAGGGAAAUGAGGAAGCUUAGAUGGGCAAUGGAUGGUGAAUUUUGGGACCUGGACUUGUCUACUCCAGUCACUCUUGAUGGAGUGGCAAGAACAGUUCCUGGUGACCCUCUUCCUCUGAGCCUCUCAAGAGGGAUUAGGCUUUCUAGACCCAAGCAAUUGGAUUUCUUUCAUCGUUUCAUGUCGCUUCCUUUGGUUCCUUCUUAUGCUGGAGAUCCAAAGGAGGGUGGUGAUGGGUUCAAUUUGCAGCGCGUUCUCGCCAUUUCAAUUGGUGAGAGAUGCAUGGCUACUAUUCUUGGGCAAUUCCAUCUUCAGAAACUAUUGUCUGCCAUAAAGGAUGGUAAAAGAAAGAGUCCAAUUGGUGAUUCAGGGAUUCAAAAAGUUUGGAGAAACCUCUGUGAUAAAUCUCUCUAUGCUCUUGGUUUCUGCUCUGACUUCAUGAUCACCUCAAACUCUUCUCUGCUUCUUAGUUCAGAAGUGUAUGGUGAUGGUCAGAAACGGCGAAAUAAAGCAAUUUUCCAUCACAAGCUUCCCGAGCACAACUUAACUUUGGAGGCAGCAGCGCCUGGACUUUUUGUUGACAAGAAGGGAAAUUACUGGGAUGUGCCGCUAUCACUAGCAAUUGACUUAGCUUCACUCCCUUCUACUUCUGGUUUAGGUUAUCAUCUUUGCGUUCAUCAUAACAUGGGCGAGCCUAAAAAAUUUGGCAGUGGUCAUAUCAUUGGAAUUCCUUCAACUCUUUUGCCUGGAACAUCUGCUAAAGCAGCCCUGUCCUUUCAGAAGAGUGUUGAUAUUUGGAGAAGUAAGGAGGGCAAGGUGAAGAAUGUUCAACCAUAUGACAUGUUUCUGUCUGAUCCUCAUGUUUCGGCAUCAGGACUUAUUGGUAGUGCCCUGUGUGCAAGAUUUGGAGGAAAUUCUGGAGCUGCACCAGCUGAAUCCGAAUCAUCAUCAAUAGUGAGAUCAUUGUACUCACAAGCCAUUAGGAAGAGGCCUGAGUUUUCAUCGGAUUUGUUUGCAUCUCUUUGUUGUACUGCUCAGUACGGAAACUUUCAGAGACUCUUCUUUGACCUUACCAGGGUGAAUGUUCGAUUGGAUAUACCUUCAGCUACAGCAUUUGUCACCGGUGCUACUCAUUUGACAAAUGCAAUAUACAAAUCAAAAAGAGUAGAUUUGGAGGCAAUCCAUGCUGUUUGUCCUGAUAUCACUCUGUCACUUCAACAACAGAUUGCUGGGCCUUUCAGUUUCCGAACUGACUUGAAAAUCAACCCUGGAAAUGGAGAGCAAUUGGCUCGUGUGGACGAGGCCAUAUUCGCAGUUGAUUAUGCGUUGCAAGUGUUGGGCUCAGCCAGGGCCGUUGCUUGGUACUCAACAAAGCAGAGAGAAUGCAUACUGGAAUUGCGCUUCUUUGAGCACUGAGAACCAACCCUCUCUCUCUCUCUCUCUCUCUCUCUCUCUCAUAAAUUCUGGAUGAAAUUUGAAUGAAAACUCGAGCUUUUUUAUUAUCUAAAACUGGGUUACACUUUCAGAAUGUCUGAAACAGGGAUCCUGACCCACUUAUUGCUUGAGGGGUACACGCAACUUCUCAUUACAAUUCAAAUAUAGAGAGAGUAUUGGGGAGUGCCUUGAAAA